AGACAGCCUAGUUCCUCAAGUUGGUGGACUAGACUGGACUCCCCCGUUUUGACCCCCAGGGUUGUGCACCCACCAAGUCCAGGAAUCCACAUGCCUCUUGCCUCCCCAUCCGUGAUCUCCAACCCCAGUGCGUGGACCCCUGCCACGGGCAAGAACACCGGCUUGGCCGUCCUACUUGCACUAUUCAAACCACCUGAUUCGAUCGCGUUGGACAACCCCUCCGAAAAUAGCGUCGCGUUUCCUCCCACACUUCCCGCCAGCGCCUCCAUUCCCAUCUUGCGACUCUCCCGGUUCAAGCUGCACGCAUUGCAGCAGUCUGCCACCGGAGACGCACACUUGCUAACCACACAGAACCACUGUCAAUCCUCCUCACCUCCUCACCCUGGAGUCUCGGCGCGAGAUCAACACUCCCGGUCGACGCGACUCUGACUCCCGCCACGGGACUGCGGCGCCCUCGACCUUUUGCGCCACCACACACGACACCCCCCGACGCGUCGCAAUACCAUCUCAGCAUCCACCAUGGGGAAAUUAAUCCGUCUCGAGCUUUUCAAUUUCAAGUCCUACAAGGGACACCACACCCUUCUCUUCGGGGACUCUUACUUCACAUCCAUCAUCGGCCCCAAUGGCUCCGGGAAAUCCAACUCCAUGGACGCGAUUUCGUUCGUCCUCGGAAUCAAAUCCUCCCAGCUCCGCUCCUCCCACCUGAAAGAGCUCGUUUACCGCGGCCGGGUCAUGAAGACAAGCAAGAUCAAUGACGACGGAUCAGUUCUCGAGCCAGCCACCAACGGGACAACCAAUGGACACGCCAACGAGGACGAGGAUACAUCCCAGAGAGGCUCUCGAAACGACCCGAAGACGGCGUGGGUGAUGGCUGUUUAUGAGGACGAUGCGGGCGACGAGCAGAAGUGGAAGCGCACCAUCUCGCCCCAGGGAAGUAGCACAUAUCACAUCAAUGACCGCAGUGUUACAGCGCAGCAGUACAACGAGGCUUUGGAGUCCGAAAAUAUCCUCAUCAAGGCACGCAACUUCCUAGUCUUCCAGGGAGACGUCGAGGCGAUCGCGUCGCAGUCCGCCCAAGACCUGACACGCCUGAUCGAGCAAAUCUCGGGUAGCUUGGAGUACAAGUCGGAAUAUGAUAGGCUCCAGUCCGAGGCGGAGGCUGCAGCAGAAAACCAGAACUUCCAGCUCCACAGGCGGAGGGGCAUCAACUCUGAGAUCAAGCAGUACCAGGAGCAGAAGAAGGAGGCCGAGAGUUUCCAGAAGAAGACCGAGGAGCGAGACGAAGCCAUCGUGACCCACAUUCUCUGGAAGCUCUACAACUUCCAGAAGGUCAUGGAUGAGUCUAGCGCACAAAUACAGGAGCACCAACAGAACCUGAUUGAAUUCCGCCGCAACGUCGAGGCUUUCGAAAAGAAACUUGAGGUUGCCCGCAAGGAAUACUCGACGGUGGGAAGGGAGGUGAGCAAGAUCGAGCGCAACAUCCGUGAGAAAGAGAGGGAAAUUGAAGAGAGGGAGAACGGCCUGGUCCCGAUCAACGAGAAGGUGGCCCAGAGCACCAACGACAUUGAGAAGUUGAAGAGGCGUGCCGAAGCCGUAAGCAAGGAGCGAGACGACCAAGCCAGAGCUAUUCAAAAGGCCAAAAAGGACCUGGCAACCGUCGAGAAGGCCCAGCACGAGUUCGAGAGGCAGUGGCAGGAGACCAUCAAGAAGCAAGGCAAGCAACUCACGGAUGCAGACCGCCGGGAAUACAACUCGCUGCGGACCACGACCAGGCUACAGUCAUCACAGAACCAGGCUCAGCUUGACAGUCUCAUCCGCCAAUUGAAGGGUGACGAAGUCACGGUCAACAGCCUGAAAGGCAAAGUCGACACCUUCCAGGCCACAGUCGAAAAGCUCAACGGCGAGCUCGAGACCAUCCGAGAGCGCAAGGGAAACACACAGGAGCUCGUACGACAGAUCUCGUCUGAACUGGAGGAAAACAAGAAGGAGCACAACAACUUGGUCUCCGAAAGAGUGAGGAUCAACAACUCCAAGACCGAGCUGGACGAAAAGAUGCACGACCUCGGAAGGAAGAUCGAAGAGGCCGAAGGCGGCAAAGCAGAGAGCGACCGGGAGAAGAGGACCAAAGAGAUGGUGCAGAGCCUCAAGCGCAUGAACUCGGGCGUGCGUGGGAGGAUUGGCGAUCUCUGCAAGCCCAAGCAGAAGAAGUUUGACGAGGCCGUCAUCACUGCGCUUGGUCGCGACUUCGAUUCUGUUGUAGUCGACACUGAAAAGGUUGGUCUCGACUGUGUCGAGUAUCUCAAACAGCAGCGCUACCCUCCCAUGACCUUCAUCCCCCUGGACAACAUCAAGACAAAUGCGCCAAACUCGGCUGUUAAAGGCAUACCGGGAGCGCGACUCACGAUUGAGACGAUUGAUUUCGACCAGUCUCUUGAACGUGCCAUGACUUACGCCUGUGGAAGCUCCAUCGUAUGCGACACCCUGGACAUAGCAAAGGAGGUCUGCUACAAGAGACGAAUCCCUGUGAAAGCCGUGACCUUGGAAGGCUAUGUCAUACACAAGGCGGGUCUGAUGACCGGUGGUCGCUUGCCAGAACGCAAGGGUAGCAAGCGCCAAUUCCAAGAACAGGACGUCCAGAACCUGCGAAAGCAACUCGAAAAGUACCGUGAGACAUAUUUCUCACUGCCGCGGCCGGACAGGACCAAGGAGGAGACCCUAAGGCAGAGCCUGGCCAGCCUGGAGCAGCGGCUCAAGGCAGCUCGUGGUGAGCUGCAGGCCUUUGAGAGGAACGAGGCAGACAAGAAGAAGGAACUGCGACACGAGGAGAAACAACUCGAUGAGUGGGAACCAAAGUACGAGGAGAAGAACGGUGAACUCGAAGCCACGCGCACGGCAGUCGCAAAGUUCGAGAGCGCCAUCGCAACAGUGCAAGAUAAGAUCUUCGCCGACUUCUGCAAGAGACUCGGUUACCCAGACAUCCGCACAUACGAGGCACUGCAAGGCAGCCUGGAACAUGAAGCGUCUAAGAAGCGAAACGGGUUCGAGUUGCAGAAGCAGAAGCUCAAGAGCAUGCUGACAUUGGAGUCGUCUCGGCACGACGAGACCCAACGACGUCUGCAGCAGAUCAGCUCGAGUCUCGAGCGGCUGGAGGCCGAUAUUGAGGCGUAUGAACAAGAAAAGACAGCCAUCGAGGAGACAUUGAGCGCGCACCAAGACGAACUGGGAGCGCUCAAGGAGACCCUCGAGGAGGUGAAAGAGAAGCAAGGCAGGAAGGCUGACAAGGUGAACGAGGCCAAACAGGAAGUACAGAAGAGGAGCAGGGAUAUCGAGGCGCGGCUCAAGGCAAUAAGCGCCCUGGAGGCAGAGAUCCAGAAGAACAGCUCCAGCAAGUUCGCCCUCCUCAGGCGCUGCAAGCUGGAGCAAGUGCAAAUACCUCUGGCAGAAGGCUCCCUCGAUGACCUGCCAAACGAGGAUCAGCUGCUGCGCCAAGAUCCGGAUUCGAUGGACAUCGAUGAUGGUGAUGAAGCUGAGAUGGAAGCCGCGCUGGACGAUUAUGGCGUGGAGGUCGAUUUCGACAGCCUGGACGAUGAGCUCAAGAUAACGGACGAAGACGUGGAGGAGAAGCUUCAAGACAAGAUCAACUCUCUCACGGCCGAACUAGAAAAGCUCAACCCCAACAUGCGCGCCAUCGAGCGCCUGGAGAGCGUCGAGAACCGGCUGAAGGCGACCGAGCAGGACUUUGAGAACUCGCGCACCGCCCUCAGAGAGGCGCGCGACGCGUUCAACGCCGUAAAGGCGAAGCGGUUCGAGCUCUUCAACAAGGCCUUCGAGCACAUCAAGGAGCAGAUCGUGGUGGUGUACAAGGACCUCACGCGGUCGGAGGCGUUCCCGAUCGGCGGCCACGCGUACCUCGACAUCGAGGACGACACGGACACGCCGUACCUGUCGGGCAUAAAGUACCACGCCAUGCCGCCGCUGAAGCGCUUCCGGGACAUGGAGCACCUCUCCGGAGGCGAGAAGACCAUCGCGGCCCUGGCGCUGCUGUUCGCCGUCCACAGCUACCAGCCCAGCCCGUUCUUCGUGCUCGACGAGGUCGACGCCGCGCUCGACAACGCCAACGUGGAGAAGAUCAAGAAGUACAUCCGGGAGCACGCCGGCCCCGGCAUGCAGUUCAUCGUCAUCUCGCUCAAGACGGGUCUGUUCCAGGACAGCGAGAGCCUGAUCGGCGUCUACCGGGACCAGGAGGUCAACAGCUCCAAGACCCUGACCUUGGAUCUCCGAAAAUAUGCCUAAUUGGCAUGUUGUUGGGAAGAGGGUUCGCCAACGCAGCCAGGGACGCGGCCUGAGGCAGACAUGGGCUGGAGCUUUGGGUCGGAGUGGGGACGGGACAGCCCUAAUCAGCGUCAAGGGUUUUCGAGCGUGUUGUGUUCGGGUUCCCGGUAUUUGUAGGAUACGAACAUACUUACUUCUUAGAGGGCUGUGUGGUAGGGUCUGCACUCCUCACAUGGCUGGCUACAUAUGGGUUCGGCGAUUGAAUUCGAGCUCUGUUUGCUUUUGCA